AUGGAACGGCAGGAUCCAUGCCUCACGGCUUCUUCCGGCGACCUCUACGCUGUCAAUGUCUCCCCGCUUCCUGCCUCGGCCUCUGCACAGCCUGCCUCCACGAUGAGCGCUCUUCAGUUCCCCCCCCAGAGAGCGUGCUCGCCGCCUCGCCCCUCUUUCCUCCGGAGACGUUCUGCGAGGAUUCACCUGCUUUCCCUCUUAUCCCUGGCCGUCUGCGGCGUGUUUGCCUCGCUCUGCUGUAUGUACACCUCCGCGCUUCUGCGAGACUCGUCGCGCGUCUCCCCCUCCGCCUCGUUCGCCUCCAGCGCUUGCCCGUCUCAGCAGUCCGUCUCUCCCUCACUCGCUGCGUCUCCUCUCCCCUCACUCGCUGCGUCUUCUCUCCCCUCUCUCGCCUCCAUUCCUCCGGUCUCUCCCGCUGCGUCUCCGUCCUCGGCCGUCUCGUCUCCUUUGUCGGCCGGCGGCCUUGUUGAAUUUUCCUCGCCAGCCUCCAUUCUGUCUUACCCUUCAUCUGUCUUCUCCCGCCUUCUUUCGAAGCUGUCGCUCUCGCCCGCGACCCCGGCGCUCUUCAGUCGGCAGGCCGACUCUCCCUCCGCGAAAGCAGAAGCCCACGAGAGCUCCUUGUGGACGAAACUCGCACUUGAGAACUUCCCCGAAGGAUCCUGGCGAGCGCGAGUUCAAAGCGCUGCGGUAAUCGUCAAAAGACAGGUUGCGCAGCAAAUUCGCAAGCACCAACCGGAACUGAGACGGCUCGUCCAGGGCCUUCUCCAGAUGUUUUUCCAGUGUCUCCGCAGCUUCCUCGGGGUGUACAUCCUCGGUCUGUCUGUUCUGAUUCUGCCUUUUUGCGCGAGUUCCGCGAGUCGUUUCGAAGCGGCGGUCAACCGCGUGCCGCUGAACGAUCCCUACUUGCUGAGUCAGCUGGACCUGCCGGAAGACGCGUCGCCUUCGCUCUUCGGCUUGUCUCACUACGACGUCACUAUCGCGCCCGUGCCGCCUGCACAGCUGUCGGCUCUCUACGCUGAGGGAGAAGGGAAAGGCGGAUCUGAUCGUGCUCGCGCUCCCUCCAAAGACGGGGCUCCGCCUGCCUUCGCCGCGGGGACACGCGAAUCUGCGCCGCAGGAACUCCCCACCGCCGAUUUGCGCGGCCCAGAGGCGGAAGCCCGAGAGGCGCGCGCGAGGGGUACGGCGGGCACAGAGAGAGCGACAGCGACAGACGGAAGGAGACACGGAAUCGCCGACGGGAACUUGCGGGGAUGGUGGAUUCCUGCAGAGGACCGAAAUUCGAAAAAGGCGGUCCUCUGCGCCCACGGAUGGUUGGCAAACAGACAGGCCUGUCUCCCGUUCCUGGGGGUUGCCAAAAAGGUCGGUCUCCACAAAGAUCACCACUUUCUGCUCUUCGAUCUGAUGAAUUCCGGCGAAUCUUCGCGCCUCCCCGAAUGCGCUCUUGAAGACGGAACUGCAGGGUGUACAUCCAGUGGGGAGCACAGCGCAGACGCCGACGGCCCGUGCUCCGGAGGUCGCAGUUGGUCGUUUUUCACAGCGGUGGACGACGCAGGAGACGCCUUGCUCGGCUGCCAGGCAGCGAAGGAUUUGAUUCAGGCGCUUCUCUGGAUGAAAACGCACGGCAUUUCCACCGUCUCCAUCUACGCCCAGGGCGUCUCGGCGAUGGGCACGAUGCUCCUGGUGGGGCAGUACCGCGAACAUCUGGAGAGGGCCGUGGGCAUAAAGAUCGACAGAGUCGUAUUCGAUUCGCCCAUCUGCAAUGCACGGGACGCGGUCGCCAAGCAGCCGAUGACUGCAUGCAUCGCCAAAACAGCCAAGUGGCUCCACGACGUCCUCAUGUGGGCGGUGAACCAACGUCGCGGGCAGGAGUUGCGGCGCAUGCGGGCGAGUCUGCUUUUGCCGGCUUCGCAACCUCUCAGAAAGCUCGUCUUGACCAGCCGAGAGGACGACCUGGCUCCCUGGGAAACGGUCGAGAAGGAAAUGAUGCUUCUUCCCGAGGCAGAUAGACCCGAGUGGACGUGUGUCUUUCCUUCGGGAGCGCACUGCGACUUGAUACGCACCAACCCGGAAGCGUACAGCCAGGUGUUGAGGGCCUUCUAUUCGGAUCCUUCCUUCCUCGGCAGACUGUGGGAGAAGAUCGUUGGGAAGCGAGCGCCUGUCUCUGCGCUGUCCGGCGUCGAGGCCCUCGGCCCCCACGAUUUCACCUUGUGCGCCGAACGCGAGGAAAGAGAGAGAGAGAAGAGAGAGCGAGAGAAAGACAAGGCACUCGAGGCCGAGACGCGCGCCAAACUCGGGAGAAAGAAGCUGGCAAUCGCAGCGGCAGCGUCGGUUCUCGACGUUCUCUCGUCCAUGUGA